AGAUGUACUUCAUUGGUGACAAUGCUGUAUACAAAGUUUCUCAGUGCUUUUAUUUUGAAUGCUGUCACCGGAAGUCCUCCCGCCCCCCUCCAAAGUAAUUCUUGUUUAUAUAUUUAUAUAUAUGAGCCACGCGCAUGCGCGCUUCCUGAAUCCACAUAAAACAAUCCUCGGUUGCAUCUUCUGCUGAUCUGCAAAAUAUCAUCGACCGAUUCACGAUCAUCAGGAUGGCGCACGGCGGGUUUCUGCAGGCGGCGGUGCUCCUGCUGGGGGUCCAGCUCCUCUGUCUCGGUGCAGCUGAUGCGGAUCAGGAGACUGGGACUGUCAUCCCUGCCGAAAGUCGUCCAUGUGUGGAUUGUCACGCAUUUGAGUUCAUGCAGAGGGCGCUGCAAGACCUAAAGAAGACCGCCUUCAACCUUGACGCCAGGACAGAGACGCUGGUGCUGAGGGCAGAGAGGAGGGCUCUGUGCGACUGUAUGCCCACCAACUCACUGCGCUGAACUCUGCACGAGUACACCCGAGGGCGCUUCCUUCCACCUGCCAUCACACUGGAAACAACUCUGUUCUCAAACCUCUAACCCAUCUUAACUUAUUCACACGAUAGGCACUUUAUUUUAUUUAUUUCUCUCAUGUCACCGUUGAGUGAACCUUUGUUUUUUAAUCACGCAAUCAUUAGGGAAGUUAUUGUUUUGCCUUAUUUGGGACACUGAUGUUUUACAUGGUGAAACACACCCCGUCAUCUUCAUAGGAUUUAAAUCCAGAUCUCAUCUGUCUCCUGAAGCAUAAACUAUUUUUUGUACUUUUUAGUAUUUGUAUAACUGUAUAAUAGAUACAGUGGAAUGCAUCACUGAAUUUACUCGUUGAAUGUGUUGUAUGAGAUUAAUGUUUACGACCAUUAUACACAUUAAACUGUAGCAUCACGUGGAACUUAUUUAACUGCGCAAAUUCAGUUUUAAUUAGUGGAUUAAAUUACCUUUAGGAACCAGUAAAGUUUCACUGAUUAAAAUGAUUUGCAGCCUGGUGGGCUAACUUUUUAAAGUCUUUGUAAUAACUAUGAGGAUUUUCUGUUUUUGUAAAGAAUUGGUCAACAGAAAGAACUUUUUUUUGUUGUAUUUCAGGCAGUACAAACGUACGUGUAGGUCUUGAUUUAGCACAGCACUGUAGCAUGAAUUUACAGCACUUUUUGUUCCUCUACUGUUAAUAUAGAUUUGUAUGUAUAGAUUCUGUACAUGUACAUGGGUACAUGUAAUGGAGGUAUCUAUGGACUGUCUUCUCUGUCUGACAAAAGUGUAUGCAACAGUAGUGAUAGUAUCAAAUGAAUUGCAAUACCGGCAGGGGAAGGGAGGACGUAUAGAGGAAUCGACAUAGCGAUAGAAGAGAGAUUGUCUUAUUGUUGCUUGUUCAUGAACAGUGUACGUUGAACACAUUAUGUCACAAGACCCCCAUUUAUUGUCUUAAUGUUGUACCUAUCAAUAAAAACAAUGAAUGAUCUUCA